GCAGUCGGGGCUCGCGGGCGGGCAGCCCGGUGCGGGAGCCGGAGCUGAGCAGCAGCACGGUGGCGGAGGCGGGAGAAGGAGCAGGAGGAGGAGAAAGAGAAAGGCAGCUGGGAGGGAGGGAGCGCCGGGCCGGGGACUCGCAGUGCAAAUUCGCCACUGUCCUCUCGCACCCACCAAGCGGCGGCGGCGUCUAGAAAUAGGGAGCGAGAAAGAUAACAUUUCCCUGCUCCUGCACCAUGGUUUUGCGAAGUCGGCUUCUUCCUUGGAUUAUGUUGUGCUCCUUCUGGCUGCUCCGCUUUGCACACACGGGGGAGGCACAGGCUGCGAAAGAAGUUAUUUUACUGGACUCCAAAGCACAACAGACAGAGUUGGAAUGGAUUUCCUCUCCUCCCAAUGGGUGGGAAGAAAUUAGUGGACUGGAUGAAAACUACACUCCUAUACGAACAUACCAGGUAUGCCAGGUCAUGGAAUCGAACCAAAACAACUGGCUUCGGACUAACUGGAUUGCAAAAAGCAAUGCACAAAGGAUUUUUGUAGAACUGAAAUUCACUCUGAGGGAUUGUAACAGUCUUCCUGGAGUUCUGGGGACUUGUAAAGAAACUUUUAACUUGUAUUAUUAUGAAACAGACUACGAUACUGGCAGGAAUAUCAGAGAAAAUCAAUAUGUAAAAAUAGACACUAUUGCAGCAGAUGAAAGUUUUACCCAGGGUGAUCUGGGGGAGAGAAAAAUGAAACUUAACACAGAGGUGAGAGAAAUUGGACCUUUGUCCAAAAAAGGAUUCUAUCUUGCAUUUCAGGAUGUAGGGGCCUGCAUUGCUUUGGUCUCUGUGAAAGUCUACUACAAGAAGUGCUGGUCCAUCAUUGAGAACUUAGCUAUUUUUCCUGACACAGUGACUGGCUCAGAGUUUUCCUCUUUAGUUGAAGUGCGAGGAACUUGUGUCAGCAGUGCAGAGGAGGAAGCUGAGAACUCUCCGAAGAUGCACUGUAGCGCAGAGGGAGAAUGGCUAGUGCCUAUUGGAAAGUGUAUCUGCAAAGCAGGAUAUCAGCAGAAAGGAGACACCUGUGAACCUUGCGGACGUGGGUUCUACAAAUCAUCUUCACAAGAUCUGCAGUGCUCCCGCUGCCCUACUCACAGCUUUUCUGACAAGGAAGGAUCUUCAAGAUGCGACUGUGAAGAUAGUUAUUAUAGAGCGCCUUCUGAUCCACCAUAUGUUGCAUGCACAAGACCUCCAUCUGCACCACAGAACCUCAUUUUCAACAUCAACCAGACUACCGUGAGUUUAGAGUGGAGUCCUCCUGCUGACAAUGGGGGAAGAAAUGAUGUGACCUACCGCAUUUUGUGCAAGAGGUGCAGCUGGGAGCAGGGUGAAUGUGUUCCUUGUGGGAGUAACAUCGGAUAUAUGCCCCAGCAAUCUGGAUUAGUAGAUAACUAUGUCACUGUCAUGGACCUGCUAGCUCAUGCUAACUACACAUUUGAAGUUGAAGCUGUGAAUGGGGUGUCUGACUUGAGUCGUUCCCAGAGGCUUUUUGCAGCUGUCAGUAUUACCACUGGUCAAGCAGCUCCCUCACAAGUCAGUGGAGUAAUGAAAGAGAGAGUGCUGCAGAGGAGCGUGGAGCUUUCCUGGCAGGAACCAGAACAUCCCAAUGGAGUCAUUACUGAAUAUGAAAUCAAGUAUUAUGAGAAAGAUCAAAGGGAGAGAACCUAUUCAACAGUAAAAACCAAGUCCACUUCAGCUUCUAUUAAUAACCUAAAGCCAGGAACAGUAUAUGUUUUCCAGAUUCGUGCUUUUACUGCUGCUGGUUAUGGAAAUUAUAGCCCCAGACUGGAUGUUGCCACACUAGAAGAAGCCACAGCCACUGCUGUUUCCAGUGAACAGAAUCCUGUUAUUAUCAUAGCUGUAGUCGCUGUGGCAGGAACCAUCAUUCUGGUCUUCAUGGUGUUUGGAUUCAUCAUCGGCCGAAGGCAUUGUGGCUAUAGCAAAGCUGAUCAAGAAGGGGAUGAAGAGCUUUACUUUCAUUUUAAAUUUCCAGGCACCAAAACCUACAUUGACCCUGAAACCUACGAGGACCCAAAUAGAGCUGUCCAUCAAUUCGCCAAGGAGCUAGAUGCCUCUUGUAUUAAAAUUGAGCGUGUGAUUGGUGCAGGAGAGUUUGGUGAAGUGUGCAGUGGACGUCUAAAGCUUCCUGGCAAGAGAGAUGUUGCAGUAGCCAUAAAAACUCUGAAGGUUGGCUACACUGAAAAGCAAAGGAGAGAUUUCCUGUGUGAAGCGAGCAUCAUGGGACAAUUUGACCACCCCAAUGUUGUUCACUUAGAAGGAGUUGUUACCAGAGGGAAACCAGUUAUGAUUGUAAUAGAAUAUAUGGAAAAUGGGGCAUUGGAUGCAUUUCUUAGGAAACAUGAUGGGCAAUUUACAGUCAUUCAGCUGGUGGGAAUGCUGAGGGGAAUUGCUGCUGGAAUGAGAUAUUUGGCCGAUAUGGGAUAUGUACACAGGGAUCUUGCAGCACGCAAUAUUCUUGUCAACAGCAACCUUGUUUGUAAAGUGUCAGACUUUGGCCUUUCCAGAGUCAUAGAAGAUGAUCCAGAAGCCGUUUACACUACCACUGGUGGAAAAAUUCCAGUGAGAUGGACAGCUCCAGAGGCCAUCCAGUACCGCAAAUUCACAUCAGCCAGUGAUGUAUGGAGUUAUGGAAUCGUUAUGUGGGAAGUAAUGUCUUAUGGAGAACGGCCUUACUGGGAUAUGUCCAAUCAAGAUGUUAUAAAAGCGAUCGAAGAAGGCUAUCGUUUGCCAGCACCCAUGGAUUGCCCAGCAGGACUACACCAGCUGAUGCUAGACUGCUGGCAGAAAGAACGUGGUGAAAGGCCAAAGUUUGAGCAGAUAGUUGGUAUUCUGGACAAAAUGAUUAGGAAUCCAAACAGCUUGAAAACCCCUCUGGGAACUUGUAGCAGACCAAUUAGCCCUCUUCUGGACCAGAACACUCCCGAUUUUACCACUUUCUGCUCCGUAGGCGAAUGGUUACAAGCUAUUAAGAUGGAAAGAUAUAAGGAUAAUUUCACAGCAGCAGGCUACAACUCUCUUGAAUCAGUUGCCAGGAUGACUAUUGAGGAUGUGAUGAGUUUAGGGAUCACGUUGGUUGGUCAUCAAAAGAAAAUCAUGAGCAGCAUUCAGACUAUGAGAGCACAAAUGCUACAUUUACACGGCACUGGCAUCCAAGUGUGAUAGACAUUUCUCCCUUAUGAGGGAGGUGACAGACUGAGAGAACAGCACUGGCCUUCAGUAUAUAUAAAGUGCUACUAGAAGACACUUGAUUUCCUGGGUCCUUCCUGCAGUGAAUAGAAGAGCUACAAGAAGCACCUACAGACUUGAACUCCUAAGUGCCACCAGAAUUUAUGAAAAGGGAAUUAGGAUCCACCAGUGGUGGCAAGGAAAACAGCAGUGACAAUAAACAAAGUACUACCUGAAUAAACAUACAAACACCUUGAGCUCUCUAACCUCCUUUUUAUCUAAAAGACUUUUUAAAUGUACAUAAAAAUUUUAAAAAGAAUAUAUUUGUCAGAUAAAAUCAUGAUAUUAUUGUUGAAUUCAACAAAAUAUUUUCCUUAAAUCUGUGAUUUCUGAAUCUUUUUUUAAUCAUUUGUGUUUAUUCUUCAUAAAGACUUUCUUUUAGUAUGAUGUUUAUAUCUUUGGACCUUUUUAGUGCUAAUUCUAUGACACAUUACUACACUGGGUACCUCUGAAGGAUUAUUUGAGUUCCUAGAGAUUUAAGAAGCAUGACCAAGCAAUGUAUAUCUGUCCCAACUUCGGUAUCCUUUCGUGCCAUUUACUUUUCUUAAAUCAGCACCGUAUUGACAUGACUAGCUAAUUGGCAGGGAGUCAGGAUAAUGCAAGUUGCCAAGAGCUCUGAUAUUUUUUAAAGAAUUUUUUAAGGUUACACAUAUACUAUCUUUUAAAAGAAAAUAAAAGAAAAAAAAAAAAAAAAAAAAAAAAAAAGAAAAAGAAAAAGAAAGAAAAGCAAUAAUGACCCCUAUGUAGUUCUAGGCACUUUUAGCAAAUUGUUUGCAAGAUGAUUUUAAUGGACUGAAGUGAGAUAUAUUCUAAAAUGUAGAUCUAUAGCUGCAAACCUGCUGAGGCACUACGUUGAAUGGACAAGUGAUUGUAGGAGUGUCUCAGAACAUAGGUGCAGUUCUCCAGUGUUACCUAAACCAUUUAAUCUGAGCACAUCACAUUUUUUUUCAAUAUUUUGCAUUAGCAAAUCUGAGAGAAAUAGCUGGCAUAUAUUUUAUAUGAAUUUAAGUUGAAUGCAGUCCAGCUAUGAAAGUAAGGACAUAGAUUUUAUAUUAGAAACAUAGAGCAUGAGGCAAGGGGCAGUUCCAAAUUUUCAGAUUUUUUUACAAGCUUUUACAGCUCUGAUCAGAUAUUUGUGUUUGUACUCACACAGACACAGCAGUCAUCAUCAGGAGCACAGAUGUAAGAGUAUUUGCUCAAUGGAAUACAUUCUUACAGCAUUUACUUACAUAUGUUUUGUGUUUGAUUAACCAUAAGCAAUAACAAACUGUGUCUUCACAGAUAUGGCGAGAAUGUAUAUGAAAGAUAAAUGUUUUACAAAAUUCUGAAAAUUGUGAACUACCCCAACAGUGAAAUGCUGUACUUCCAAAGAGAAUUGGGCUGCUUCUAUUGAUUUUGAUAGAGAAAGAUCCCAGGGAUCCGUCAUAAAUUGGUCUUGUUUGAUAAUGUGGGCAUCCACACACACACACACACACACAAAAAAAAAAAAAAAAAAAAAAAAAAAAAAAAAAACAAAAAAAAACCCACAAAUGAAAAAUCCUGUAAAUUUUCCUUUGUAAAACUUGUAAAUUUUAUUUAUACUGUCUUGUUUUAUAUACACAUUUAUGUGUAGUGAGCUCUGGAUACAUUGAAAAUGCACUAUAUUUUUCUAUUUUAAUUGCAGAGCAUCACAAACAAACAUGUAUAUUCAGUGCUACAUAAUGUGUUUUCCCACAUUUAGGACCAAAGAUAGUUAUCAAAAACUUAAAUGCAUCAUUUUUUCCUCCUUUUUUGAACCCCUUUUUAGAUCACUGUACAGUUAUAUUUGUCAUUUUAUUUAUUUGUUUCAUUAGAAAAAUCAGUUUGGUUACACCAAUUUUGUCCCCUCACCUUUGUUGAAGAAAAUCUGUAAAAAGCUUUUAAUUAGAAUAAUCCCGUUACGUAGACUCUUCCAUUUGUAAUCUUUGUAAUAGACUGUAAAUAUAUUUUUGGAACUAUAAUGCAAUGUGCAUAAGGGUUAUUUUUCAGUGUCCAUAUAUGAUUGUUUAUACAAUUCACAGCACUUUACAGUCAUGCUGAGAAGCCUAAUUUAUUGCCUGGAUUUGGGCAGAGUAAGAAAAAAAGGUGAAUAUUCUUAUUUCAUAUUAGAUUGUCAUUCAGUAGAAUUGAGUUAUUUUCAUGUAUGCAGUUCAAGAUUUUUUUAACUAUUAAAAUUAAUUUUCUACAAAUGGUAUAGAAUUAGGAUGCAGAGUAGACUGCAUGCCCAACAUUGAAAGUAGUGCACACAACCACUUGGCCAGGGCACUUCCACUUGCCAUUGGAACACUCAUAAUUAAUAAACAUCUGUUUUGUGUUAUAACUAAAGCUAAGUGCCUCACUACUGGCAUCUGUGAGCAACUGCACAGGGUGCUUGUCAGUUUUGCUGCUGCUUUAGGCACCUAACUGUAAACUUAGGAGUCUAAGUUCUGACACCUGCUUCCUUACAAAUCUUGGCUAAUGUUCCUAAGGGCUUGGUGUUUCCAGGUGUGAUGCAGCAAUGCUGGUAUUGCUGAAAACCCACAAACCCUAAAUGAAAGAGAGUUGAGGCCAGGCUUCACCCUGAGAACUUGUUCAGUGUUCUGAAGCACAGAGGCCUCAAAGCAUGUGUGGUGACAUAGACUCAUGCACGUAAAAGUGAGGGCCCUAAUGUUAUUUCUUCCUGAUUUUUCCUUGUUUGAUUUAAGCCAUCUACUUUGAAUAAUAAAUAUAUUUUAUCAUUCAUCUAUAUACCUUGACUGCCUUAAAGUUGCCACAGUUUUUUACGCAUUUGAAAGUGGUAGAGUAGACCCAGAAAGCACAAUCAAUACCAAUAUUCCUAUCCUAUCUAUCUGUUCAGAACAUUAUUGCAGUUUAGAGCACAUGCAUGUUAAAGCAUUUAAGCUGAUAGAGCAGCAAUAUAUAUAUAUGUUGAUUUCAAUUCCCCAGGUUUCACAGACACAUAGUCCAGUAUAAGAAAAACAAAGUGCCAUUUGUGUUCAUGAGAACUGAGAAGAAAAAAAAAAAAAAAGAAAAGAAAAAAAAGUUGGGAGGGAGAAUUAAAGGCUAAAUGAUGAAACAAAGAACUGAACUCAGUUCUGGCUUAAUUCCAUUGAACUAGGGUAUUGUGCAUUGCUAAAGAAGACAAUAUCAGGCUGCCAGGGAGGUUGAUAUUGCUUAGAUUUAUCUAUCUAUAACCAUUUAAAAGAAAGAUGCCUAAGACAAGCGGGAUGAAUCUUCCUCUGGCAAUGCUUAUCUCCAUUACCUCCAGAGGGAAUCCGGAUGAUUAGCUUAGUUUAGGCACCUAAUGUCUAGAUAUUGAAAAUUAGGUGAUUCUUACUCUAUAUAACCUCGGCUGCUACAGAGUUUCCCCUAGAAUCUGAGUGAUGUUGAAAGGCAGCUCCUCUACUAUGUCCCAGAAUGUAUUUAUACUGGGCUUUAUCACAGAGAGAGGGUUUGUCGUUUUUAUGGUUGUUGAGUUAUUUUGUUUCUUCUUUUUUUUUUCUUUGGAGAUUUGUAACAGAUCAUCUAAAUGCUUUUUGUAUAUGGGUAUUAAUUCUUGAUUUAUUUUAUGAAUGUUCUGAGGAAGACCUGCCUAGUAAAUUACAGUUAUUUAAGACUUUAAAUAAUGAGAAAUAUUUGCUAGCAUACUGCUUCAGUCCAGAGGUUAUGUGAUCAGAUAUGAUAGUUGCUGUUUGCAAUACCAUGUUUAUCUAAAAAAAAUGUCAUGUAAAAAUCUCCAGGAGGCAAAGAUGCUUAAAUGUGUCUAAAAUUGAAUGUUGCCCUUAAUAUCUCAAUAAUUGAGCUGUCUGUACUUUUCUCCAUUUAAAAUGAGUUUUUAAUAUUUGUUUAAGCUGGAGUCAUCUGGCAUUCACCGAGGGAGUUUCAAAGAAUUAUUUUAAAUUAAAUUUGCUUUUCUCCACUAAUAAUAAUAUACGGUAACUAGUUUCCACUGUUUUGAAUGUUACAAAAACUAUUGCUUUAAUGUGGGGGAUGAAGGGGUCUAUUUUUAUUCUGUUGUUGGUAUUUUUUUUUUACAUUUAUUGGUUAGUAGUUGAAAUAAAAAACAUAAUAAUUCAUCCUUAACUUUCUAAAUAAUUUAUAUAUAGUAAUUCUGAGAAUGAUUUAAAUUCUGCGACUUUCAAGUUACUACAACAAUAUGGUGAUUGUGUCCCUGCAGUCAUAAUGCCAAGUGAUGCUGAGACUCCCUAACACAGGGAUGGGUUCAUCUGGCACUUUGCUGCCAAGUAAUGGCAUGAGGCAGUCCACUGGCUGUGUGGGAGGAAUAAAUGCCAACUCAGUCAAAAAAGGGGUCAUUCCACCCUUAAAAAAAUAUAUAUGUGAUAUAUUGGUGCUACCAUUUAUAUCCUUUUAUUCGUUGUUUCCCUGCAUACAAUUAGAAACUCAUAUGCUCAUAACUUGUUCAGUGUUUGUUUUAUGAUGGUGGGGUUUUAUUUAUUUAUUUAUUUUGUUUAUUUGUUUGUUUUGUUUCAUGGGUUUUUCUGGACCACUUUCAUUUUUUAUGUUUGUGGAAGUUCCCAGACAGAAUGAUAAGGCCAGGUAGAAUACAAAUUCUUGUGUAACAGUAAUACUGGCAGCAGGUAUAACAAGGGCAAUUCGGACUGUGCUGUGAUUUGCUGAGCUAAUAGCACAAUGGGAAUUAUGCAUAUUCAGGACCCUUAGAAUUGUAAUGUAUGAUUUCACUAAUAUGUAGGAAUAAGGGAAUUUUCAUAGAAUAGUAGACUGGCUUGAUUUGGAAGGGAUAUCAAAGAUCAUCCAGUUCCAACCCCCCUGCCAUAGGCAUGGCUGCCCACCCACCAGAUCAGGUUGCCCAUUCAAUCUGGCCUUGAAAGCCUCUACGGAUGAGGCAUCUACAGCUUCUCAGGGCAACCUGUGACAGUGACUCACACACCACUAAUUUGGAAUGGACUUCCAGAUGAUAGAUUUGGGAUCCAAAGGAGUACUCAAAAGUGUUGUCUUCAAACAAAUUUCCAGUAAAACAAGAAAUUCUGGGCAGCAAUGAAUAUUUUCUCUCCUAUACCCUUAACGACAGUCCAACUUAGCCAACAAUUACUUUUAAGCGAAGAUCUUUAUUGUUUGUAGAGUGUAGCCUUUAUUUACUUGGGAAACAAAACAGAUUCCCUGCAAAAAAGAUGGGGGGCGUACAAAGGUUUUGGAGAAAAAAAAAACAAUACAAAAAGAAAUUGAAAAAAAACAAGUUACCUUUGAAACCCAAAGAAAGACUGUGUUCACCGAUUAUGUAACAUGUUUCAUUCAGUGCUUUAAAAAAUAUAACAGAUUAUACCAUACACAAAAAAUCUGCAAUUUUCUGACAAAAGGCUAGUGACAGAAUACAAGCUAUAUUUGUGGGAAUCUUUUCCCCUCUGGGUUAGCUUUUGCAAGAUUCUAAAGUUAGAAUAAUUAACAUAUACAUUAGAGUAAAUCCUGUUGAGACAGGCUGAGGCACAAAAAUUCCAUGAAAUUUUAAGUGAAUGUUUAGGAUGGGCAAGGGUCAGGCAGUUUGAAAGUGAAAAGGAUCAAACUGAGUUUGUAUGGUAUAGAUACUUUGUUUUUUAUGUCUACUGACAUGAUGGAAGGUUAAAGGCUAAAGAGGAAAGGGAUUGAAAACAGAGGAUUGUGAAGCCAUUCAGCAUGUCUAAGUCAUAAGGCUCUGCAAAACAUUGCUGGCAGUGUAGUUAAAGAAUAUUGAGGUUUUUGUUUAAGUAGAAAUGCUGAUAUUAAAAUAUAUGUAAUAAUCUAGUGUGUAAUGGUUUCAGUACUCUGAUUUUUCCUCAGGCCAGAUUGGAAUUUGUCAAAGAGACUAAAUUGAGGCAGAUGGGAAAGCAACUGGUAAUAUGCAGCUCAUUCAAGCAGACUUGAAGGAGACAUGAAAGGAGAAUUUUACAUUAAAAGCCUGCAAAUAAAAUAAACUCUGAUGAUAUUUGCUCUCAGAAGGUUUUAGUAUAGUCAUAUUUAAAUUUAGUGUAAUGAUAACAGGUUUUUGAACUGAUACUAUACAAAUUAGAUGCCCUGAAUGUCUAAUUAGUGACCAAAAGAGAACCACAAGUCAAAAAGUAGUUCAUGCCUUGAUAGCCUAUGAAAAAAAGAUGAUAUACAACCAAGCGAAAAUCAUGUAGCCAGCCAAAUGAAUCUUGGACAAAACAGGACAUGAUUCCUAGUGCCAGAGGAGCUAAAUCAAGAAUAGAAAAACUAUUCAUCUAUUGACCAAGGCUUCUGUAUUUAAUUGAACCAAGUAACCAGUUGUAGAACUAUGCUGCUAAUAAUAAUUACCAAUAAUGAAAAACUACAGCUCAGAGUUCACCUGAUAAAUCAUAAUAAAGCUAGUACUGGAAAGCACACUCAAAGAACAAACUCAGAAUUUUAUGUAUGGUAGUGAUGUUACAGUUCCUGGACUCUGAGCUAUUUCAAACUAGUUACAAACCAGAGAAUAUACAGUACCAAGUCCAAGUCCAUAAGUAAAACCUUAUGCUUUUCCUACAAAAAAAAAAAAAAAAAAAAAAAAAAAAAAAAAAAAAAAAAGGAAUACAAGGAAUACUGAAGAAGAAUCAGUGCAAUAUUAAUUGUCUUCUGAUUAUUUCCUUAGAAUUACCAUGAAGUAUGUUUGUCUUACAGAUUAAGAAACAAACUUCCUGCUCCAAAAAUUAAUUCUCACUAAGAGGAAAAUGCACACAUUUGUUUUAAUAUAGCUUCCAAAAUUGGCUUGAAAAGAGACUAGAUGCAUCUCUGCUGAUCUGUCACGUCUUAUGUCUUUAGAGACAUUACUCAGGCAAUUUCUUGACUGUCAUUCAACCUUUUUCACUGUGCCAGCUUCCACUGGCUUACUUAAGGGCUACAUGAUGUCCAUUUUUAAGAUGUCUGCUGGAAAACAUUUCAGUUUCUUUUCCUCAGGGACGAAACAACUUAUGCCAAGAAUGUAUAUGCAUACAUUGUGUAGUACAGCUUGAGAAUAUGACUGUAAAACAAUUUCAGAUUAGUUCUCUCCAGCAUGUUCUUUUCAGCCAUAGUUUUAAGUUAAAAGUAUUCUUCCACUAAGAUUCAACCUAAUAAAUAGUGUGAGAAAUCUGAUUUGCCAGAAAUAAACUUAGAAAAGUAAUCCAGAUACUUUCUGAGGCCAUUUCAAAAAUUGUGUUUUUAGAUGGUGACGUGGAUCUGGUUCUAUCAUUAUAUUGGAUAGUCAGUGUGUAUAGUGUUUAUACCUCAUAAAAUAUGCUAGCUACCAAAGUAUGGAGCAUUCUGGGUAGAAGAUGUUCUCUGUUAAUCUUAUUAUUUAGUUUGAUCUUGGCAGCAGUGAUGCUUCCAUAUGGAGUCAGUGGAAGAGUAAAAUGAGUUGAGACAAGAUUGGGUGAGGUGAAGGGGCAACUUGGGUGGGAAAAGAGAGGCUGAGAAAACCUGCAGCUGAUUUGGGUAAUACUUUUAUUUUUUUUCCAGGAUCCUUGUAGUGGAGAAUCCUUGCCAUCAGUCUAUCUCAUCACAACACUCACUGCUGUCCCUCUUAAUUGAAUAGCUCUUUUAUAUUACCCUAAACAAAAUAAAAUUGUCUUCAUCCCUAGUAGCCAGCAUUUCUACCAGUCUGCUGGAGAAGUGAAGACUGCACUAGGUUCAAAUCCACAUUAUUUGCCUGCAGGAAGAAGCUGGCCCUGAAAGGGAUUCCUAAUAAGACAUUGUUUGGUCUCAGUUUUAUGGCCAGCUGAUUCUUUGCUAUUCUGAGGAUAAAGAAUGCACCUUAUUAUAUAACUUUCCUACCUACUCUAACUGAUCUACUGUUAAGGGUAGGGGUGUGGAGGAAAUGAAGAAAAGCAAAGAGUUUUCUAGUAUUUCUCUGUAAUACUCUUUUCAAGAGAAAUAAUUGUUUCAGUGCCUAAGUUACCUAAACUUGUGCAAAAGAUAAAUCUUUCUGGGUGCUUCCUACUUGCUGGCAAAACUACCGCAGAUAGUCUUGCAAAUCUCAGUCUUACAUUGCUUUCAUUCUCAUCAAAUUCCUUGCCUAGCAUGGAGUUCUGCUUUCCAAUCCUCAAAAUGGUAGCUUACUUGUGUUAGUUAUUGAGCAUCACCAAAGCCCUUUUCCAGUUUUCCAUGCUUGUUACUUUGUGUGGAGAUGCCGCUUGAUUUUGAGGAGUGUUUCCCCAGUCAUGAGGAGGGAAACCAGUUUUGAAGUAUGCUCCACUUCCAACUCUCCCCAGGUGGCAUGAGUUAUUAAUAACUAGCAGUACCCACGCUUCACUGGAGGAUAAGUAGAUGUGGGUAGUGAUGGAUGAACAUUCCAUACACCAGUGAUUAUAAAUGCUAUUAGGCAAUUUAUUGGGACUGAGCACACAGGUGCUUCAUACCCUUCUCCUUUGUUCUCUUCCUCCUUAAAACAGCCACCAACUGUGCAUGUGUUGGGUACUGCUGGAAAGAUUCCUGCAUCUCUUUCUAUGACCAAAAAUCAGGGAAGGAGAUGAUUGGCACGUUCUAGGUGCAGAAUUCAAUAGUGUUGGUCAAAACAAAAGCCAGAAAGUGUGUAUGUGUACUUAGGAGUGUGGAGAGGAGAGGGGAGAGGGAUACAGAAGAGGUGAAUCAGCUAGGCUGCAAAGUGAGCUGCUCAGCAACAUCCAUUACAUGAGCUAAUGGAGUAUGUUCAAAAUAAUAUACACAUCUUCCCAUUGACAGAACAGUUGGAAUGGAGAAGAACACUUCUCUGGCAUCCUUUUACCUCUGUUUCUAGGAAGGCUCACUAAUUUUUGUGAUUUGAGGGAUGGCCUAUUCUUAUUUUGAGGAGUUGGUGAAAUUUUACGUAGUUUUGAGGUGAAAAAUAAACAGCACAAGACUGAUCCUAUAGCUUUGGGCUGCAGGAAGAUGCAAAGGUAAUGUGUGGAAAGGGUGAUUCUCUAUAGUCACGCACAUAUAGCUGAAUGCCUGGAGCUGCGACUGCUACCUCAGAAAAGGUUGAUGAGGCUGGGCAGGAUGCUCCAUAGGCAGGAUAUUACCUCCAAAAUUCUUUCCUGCACUGUACAGUCUCUUCCCUUCCUGAAAUGCUUUUCCUAUUCAGAAAUCCUCUCCGUCUUACUCUGAAAUUGGUGUUUGGUCCGCUUCUCUGGGAACAAGGAGCCUUCUAAGGAAAUUGGAGUUCUUUCAUGGAAGAGUUUGAGCAACCUGUCAUGUCCCAGAAGAGCUAAUAUCUUGGUCUGCAAACACCGCAAUGACUGUGGGCUUUUCUACAUCAGUCUACUGUUUCUCAAUUUUUAGACAAAAUGUACAUCAUCUCUGAGAUCCCUUUCUGCUGAAAGAAUGACUUUAAGCGUGUAUUUUCAGAGAAGGUUUGAAGCUGUGAAUCCCAGAAAAUACUUCUUCAGGACACUUGCAGAUUUGCUGCUGGAAUACACAUUGGCAUACCCAAGAUCCUCCUAAGUGUGCUGAGAACAAGUUUGCAUAAGAUUUCCUUUCUGUGGAGCUAGGGUUCAAGUAGAAACUCAUGCAUUGGGUGGUUUGGCUCGCUAAUGAAUACAAGGAUGGUCACUGAAGGCAUCAGAACCUGGAUAAAUGAAUACUAAAUCUGACCAUAAAGCUGCCAAAGCAAAGAACUGAAGCUCCUAUCAGCUUGUUUAGCCAUGGUCUUUGGCCUUUACUUUCCUGAAUUUCCAGUUUUGUUUUCUAUUUCUUCUGAGGGAAGUAUGGACAUUGGACAUGAAGGCAGCUAUAAAUUAAGUACUGUGAAAAUGAAUAUCUUGGUUGUAAAGAUGUAAAGAAAUAAUCAAAUUGAUUUAUCACGUGUCACACAGGGAUCCUCAAGUCCCAUUUGUUGAAGUUUCAUCCUUGUUAGCUUGCACUUGGGCUCUUCUCUAGAUAAAGUAGUACUUUGUAAUGACAGAUAGGUGCAGGUCAAAGUAAAACCGGGCAGUACAUGGUAUACAUAAACUAUCCAAUGAUGCUGAUAAAAAAAAAAAGUAAGUUGAUACACUGCCAAUAUAAAUAUAACCUGAGGUUUUAAAUACCUAUGUAUCUAAGUGCUAUUUGUAACUACUAGUUGCCUCCAACUUUGAAUAAAUUCACCUGUCAAUCAUUUUUAAUAAUUCAAAGACUUACUUGCAUUCAAAGAAAUGUAGUCAAAAAGAAAAAAAAAAAUGAAGUAUUCUUUCUUUUUGAAAAGGAUUUGUCUCAGAGUUUUUUUUUUGCUGCAUUCUUUUCUCACACAUUCCUUGCAUUACUGGGCUUUCAAAGGGCAGGUGCAAAAAAACCCUAAAAACCUAAUCAGAUUGCUUCUUAUAGCUGUUUUUUGUUUUGUUUGUUUUUGUUUUUAUUUGCUAAAGCUUAGACUUCAGACAUUAUUAUUGUCGGAUCCUCUUCAUAAAACAUCUGCUCCCAUUUUGUCCAGUCUGCUGACAGAAACGUAUUGCAUGUUACAAUGUAUUAAGAAUGUUCUUGUCUUGAAUAAGUACCUUCCCUUUGAUUAACAUGUUACGUAAUCUAAUCCUUGUGACAGAAAAACAUACACUACUUUGGAAGAAGCUGUAAGGAUAUUGGUUGGUAAGGCAGGGGGACAUUCCUUUGCUGGUUUAUUUUUCUUUAGUAUUAGUGAUACACUGGCUUGUCUUGAAGUCUGUAAAAGAUUGCUUUUCUCUCAGGAAUCUUCAAAUAAUUUAGUUAAAGAGAUUGCUAACCAAAUGUAUAAUAUUUUUUUAUUAAAUCCUGGCUUAAAUCCAUUAGUCCUAAAGCUAUACUGUUUUAGAUAUUUCACAUGGCCAAUCUGCCAAAAAAAAACAAACAAACAACAAAAAAAAAAAACAUCUAAAUCAUCAAAUCAU